CAUCAAGCUACAGUCCUAGAUGUCAAGAUCAGCCCAGAUGACAAGUUCACUGCCACCUCCUCCGCUGAUCAGACCGUUCGCUGCUGGGAAAUCCUCCCCAUUCCCUCCAGGAAGCCCUUCUGGAUCGGAUACCAUGAGAGCUACGUGCAGGCUCUAGACUUCUCCUCGGACGGCAAGCGACUCGCUUCGGUAGGAGGUGACCGAAUCUGCCGCGUCUGGAACGCGCAGACCGGCGGCCUCCUCCUCCUUCUCCGCUCCUCUGGGGCUCUCAACUGCGUCAGCUUCAGCCCAGCAGGAAACUACAUCGCCUUCGCAGGGCUGCAGGGCUCGAUGGGUGUGUGGAGGAUGGAAGAA